GUAUGGCAUUAACGUCGUGCCGGGCGUCCUCACCCGUCAGUACUUCACAGUCACCCGUCGUCAGUGGUGUUGCGUUCCGUUCGUUUUUAAAAAAAAAAAUAAUUCUUGUUUUUUUAUUUCAAAAGUUAACUCCGAAUGCCGUGUCGGGACGUUUGAAAAUACUAAAACACAAAACCCACGGACCCGUGCGGUACACUUGUAUAAAGACAUUUUUGGAUUUAUUAUGUGAAAAACGCGAGCACUCCCGGACAGUCGUGUACAUUUAAGUAGUUCGUUAAAGUCUCCGACAAAUUUUAACGCCAUGGCGACUUCGAUUCGUCUGAUCUUUUCCAUCGGAUUCUGCAUUUCGGUUAUAAAUGGACAGACUCUUGUGGAACAAGAGUUCAUACCGUCCGUUACGGCCACGUGCAAAGCUGGAUACAUGACGAUUAAAGUGGCGACCAACCAGCCUUUUGUCGGAGCCGUACACGCCAGAGACCACAGGACAGCCAGUUGUCUGAGCUACGGGAACGGCACCAAACUCACCACUCUUGGCAUCAACCUGUUGGCCACACAGGGAUCGUCAGACUACUGUGGCAUAUUCGUCAACAACAAAACCGAAGAGAGAUCAGUGCCAAUUGCGAUAAGAAUACACAGGACACUGGAACUUGCCGACGAUAAGUUCUACGUGAUCACAUGCGGCAAGGCUGGGUUCAAGAAUUCCAAGAAUGAGACGUCGUUGGUAUCGUUAAAAUUCCUUGAGAACGGCAGAAGAAUUCAGGAAGUUGUUUACAGUCAUCCGUACACGCUUAGAGCCGAGAUAUCCAGACCCGACGGAGCCUAUGGUAUACGCGUUAAGAAUUGUUUCGCGUUCAACAAGAGGAACAACAGCGUCAAUCUCAUCAACGAGCGCGGAUGUCCGUCCAACACGAAAGUGAUCACGCCGUUCAAGUACGACCCCAAGUCGGGGCACGCAGACGCCACGCUGGCGUCUAUGUUCCGGUUCCCGGACAGCUCGGAACUGCACUUCCAGUGCGACAUCGAAGUGUGCCGGGGCGUGUGCACGGAACCGGACUGCGACGACGUGUCCACCAACUCGCUGGCGCUGCAGCAGACCAAAGACGUGUACACGGACGCCACGCCUGAAGAGGGCACGCUGUUGGCCAGCACUAGCGUGUUCGUGCUGGAACCCGGCGAGACGCCGCGCAGCCUCACCCUGUGCGACGACCCCGCCGACGGCGGCAUCCGGCCCCCGUGGCUGCUCUACCUGUGCAUUGCAUUCGGGCUCAUGUUCCUCAUCAUGUUGGUCAUCAACGUGUUCCUGUGCUCGGCCAUGACGUGUUCGUGCGCCCGCACCGACAUCAUCGAGAAGGAGCCCAGCAUCAUCGAAGACUACGACCCAUACCGUAGCUGGCACGGAUCACAGUACGGUUCCAGGUAUUCGCUGAAUGGCGGCAAACCGGGAUACGCGUCCGGCGGGUCCACGAUGAACUCGACCAGAUCUAUGUCGACCAACAGCGACCAUUACGCCAUCGUGCACUCCAGGCCGGGAAGCCGGUACUCCGGCACGGCCAAACACCAGCCUCACAUGAGGGGGGGACCCCCGUCCCACAUGGGAUCGCACUAUUCCGGGAAAAUGUAAAUAAGUAUCCCGUAAGAUUAUCCAACGUAGUCGUGGACGACUAUCGCGUGUAAGCCGGUGAUAACAACAGUAUAACAAAGUGCGCUAACUAUAAUAUAAUUAUAAUAUAUUGUAUUAUAAUUAUAUAUAAUUAACUCGAUCGGGUUCAGUAAUGUUCCUCGGUGGAAGAUGGUUUUUGUAAAUAUAAACAACGUUAAGUGUUUUGUUUUUUAAGAGAAUAUACUAUAUACAAUAAAUUAUUAAAUUUAUUAUUAUCAUAGGUAUAUAAUAUAAUAUAUGUAUACAUAUAUAUUUAUAGUCUCAAAAACUUAGUUGCCAUUUUAUUUUUCUACGUUUCAAUAUUAAUAGGUAUAAUACGUUCAUAAUUAUUUAUAAUGUAUAAUUAACAAAAUGCAUAAUAGUUAAUAACAAUAAUAAUAAUAUUAUAUUGUAUUAUAGUUAGAAAUAAUUAUUAUGAUUAAUAACUACAGUUACGUAUUAUGUACGUAGAUAAUACGUAUUUCUCCAAGUACUAUUUUUAGUUAAAUUAUAUAAAAUAUAUAUAUUUUAUACAUAAACUUAAUAUUAUUAACUUUUCAGAGUUGGCAAAAGCUCGGGUUUUUUUUAAUUUAAAAAAAAGCCCGUCCAGUUAAGGUUUUUUUUUGGGGUGAUGUAUGUCCAAAAAACCGGGGAAUUUUUCGGGUAAAUACUAAAACUUUUACUGGAUUUGAGUUUUUUUUUUUUGCCAACUGUGAUUUUUAAAGUUUAUAUAGCUUAUUAAUAUUGUGUAUUACAAAAAUAUUAUUUUAAUUUUAUCAUGUGCAAUUUUAAUUUUAGUGAUUAAGAACGAUUUUUUUUGUAAAACGCUCGUUUGGUGCAUAAUAAUAAUGAUAAUAAUAAAAAUAUAAAUAUAUUGUAUGUUAUACAUAAUGUGUUAAA